AUUCCAGCUUGGACACUGGGUCAAACUCCACAUACGAUACGUUUCUGCAAGAGCCUGAUGACAGCAGCCACUCUGCAGUCUGUAAUCUACUGAGAACAUACGUGCCUGGUAAAGUUUAUUCUCAGGCCUUCAGUAUGUCUGCAUCAAUGCACCCAGUGGCCCACUCAGUCCCACGUCACACCCUGACCCGGCUGGCACGAGAGUGGCUGGCAGAAGACACCCCGAACUUUGACCCAGCUGGAGUGUGUGUGGGAUCAGAAGAAGCCGAAGCGAGGUUGUUGUGUAAAAGUCCGCGUACAGUCCUGGCAGGCUGCCCUUUCUUCACGGCAGUGUUCAAUGAGGUUGGCUGCACGGUGGACUGGAUCUACCAGGAAGGAGCUGAGCUUGGUCCAGAAGUUGUCACCAUUACAGCUGUAGUGAGAGGUCCUGCAAGGGACCUCCUCCUUGGCGAAAGGCCAGCUCUGAACUGCCUGGCCCGGGCCUCUGGGAUCGCCACCCGCUGUUCUCGGCUUCAGUCAAUCGCAAACGCUGCUGGUUGGCACGGGGAAGUGGCUGGGACUCGCAAGACCACGCCGGGCUUUCGGCUGGUGGAGAAGUACGCCAUGCUGGUGGGCGGUGCUUCCAUGCAUAGACAGGAUCUGAGUGGGAUGGUGAUGCUGAAGGACAACCAUGUUUGGGCUUCCGGAAGCAUAACAAAGGCGGUGAAGGAGACGCGGUCAGUGUGCAGCUUCAGCAGUAAGAUCGAGGUGGAGUGUCAGUCCAUAGCCGAAGGGCGAGAGGCGGCCGCUGCAGGAGCAGACAUCGUCAUGCUGGACAACUUUAAACCUGAGGAGCUCCACAGCGCGGCAAAGGUGUUAAAGACAGAGUUCCCAGCCGUUCUUAUAGAAGCCAGUGGAGGGGUGACCCCCGAAAACCUGCCUUUGUUCUUCUCCCCUGACGUGGACAUCAUUUCUCUGGGUGGCAUCACACAGGGAUGCCCGGUGGCUGACUUCUCUCUGAAGGUUCAGAAGCAUUGUGCAAGCAGCAUGUGAUGACAUGAAUAAACCAAAGUCAACAAAUAAACAA